AUAACCUAAAUCUGCAUAAUGUAAUGAAGCAUGACAUGGAAAACACUAAUGUAAAGUACAAGUAACUCUUACUUAAGUACAGUAGUUGAGUAAAUGUACCUUGUUGUUACUCCACUGUUGAUACCAGGGUCAGGUAGUAAUAUCUUCUAAAUGUGUAACGACACUGUAGUUACUGUGGUGCAGGUCCGCUCCUGAACGGAGGGGGCGCUGUGGUGGUGUAGUUAUUGGGAAGUAGGCUACUGUGAAAUAUUGCCAUUGUGCAACCAACCAUCAUAACAACAAGAUUCCAACAGCAGUCUGUGUACACAUUUUAUCCGACUUUAGGAUCACUUCAAAACACCUAGCUAUGCGUUUCAGAUAGCACGUCAACGCUUCAGGACUGUCCGUGUUGUUUUAAGGAAGCAGGUCCUUUAUUUAAACAGCCGGGUGUUUCAGACUCGCUGUGACAAUGUCGACCUCCGUGGAGUUCCACUCUCAGAUCGCCUCCAUCAUGGAGGUGCUGGCUAAUGCGGCCGUGGCGGAAAUUUGUAAAGUUGUAGACGACGGAUAUACGGUGGUACACCUGCAGAUGUCCCGGAGCCAGAAGGACAACGAGUUCCUGCGACGGAAACUCAAACUGAUGGAGCUGCAGGUCGCCAGGUACCGGGCGGAGAGAGUGAGGGGAGCGGAGGGCUUCACCGGCGGCCGCUUCCCGGGGGUCCGCCCCCUCCACCGGCAGAGCAGGGACUCACUGGCCGGCCCCAUGCUGCAGGCCAGGACCAGGUUUCUGAACCGAGACCCAGCGACUCAGCAGUCUUCAAGGAAGAUCCAACCCAUCAACCUGGACCAGGACCCUGAUCAAGAGGUGGUCACCACCACCAAAGCUGAGUCAGCAGAGCCUGAGGAGGAGGAGGGACUGCUAAUUGUCAAGGUGGAGGAAACAAUGGAUACUGGAACCCCCCACCACGAGGCGGCGGACGUUAGAGGAGACGCCAACCCCGCCACGUCACCCCCCGGCCCCCCGAUGGACACCAGAUGCCAUCGCGAAAUGGAGGUCAGUGGAUCUGACAUCGUCACGUUAGUUGUCGGCAGAACAGCUGUAACUGACAGCAGUGACACAACCCACAGUUCCCAGCUGAUGCUAACAGGAAGUGAUGUCAGAGCAGGGGACAGUGAGCCGCUGGACUCAGGAGCCGGCAGUGUGGUUGCUUCUUGUGCCGACGUAACGGACAUCAGGAAGGAUAAUAAGGCUGCUUUAGACACAUCCUCCCUGUCAGAGGUGAUAGUCAUUGAUGGAGAGGCGGCAUCAGAGGGGUGUGUGUGGUCAGAUGCAAACCAGAUAAAGACAGAAGCAGGAAGAGAGAAAAACGGACAUGAUCAAACUACAUCACCCAGGAUUCAGUUGGGCGCUGGGCUGGAAUCAGUGCAAGUGAAGUCCUCACUGCAGGAAAGUUCCGUUCUACCUCCAGAUGCCAUUCCAGGAACAUCUAGUGGUGGGAUUAGCUCUGGUAUCAACUCCUCCGUGGAUCUUCACCGCCCUGCGAGCCAACACCACCCCCCCCACCACAGCCACUACAAGCCCUUCUCCAGCAGCUUCCAUCUGGCCUUCCACCACGCUGUCACCAUGGAGCGUCUGUACGGCUGCACCAUCUGCACCAAGCGCUUCUUCCUGGAGUCGGACCUGCGGAAGCACCUGGCCCGGCACACCAGGGAGAAGCCCUACGCCUGCCUGCUCUGCGGCAAGAGGUUCGUGUGCCAGAGCCAGCUGGACAUCCACUGCAAUGUGCACACCGGAGAGAGACCCUUCAGCUGCUCCGUCUGCAGCCGCCGCUUCUCCCAUCCCAGCAACCUGAAGAGGCACCAGAAGAUCCAGCACUCAGAGAGCAACCUCCCCCACCCACACAGGAUAAUGCUGCACCAGAGUUACCAAGCAGGGGGAAGUUAUCCCUGAAGAGGACGAGACAAGGCUUUUCAAAGCAAUACUAACACUUUUUUAACCCUGAGGAUUACUAUUGAGAGAGGUGAUGUAGCACAAACAUAAGCAGCUCCUCUGAAAUUUGACCUGUCUGAAUGGCUCUCCAGUUAUUUUAAUCAUCCACCAUUUCAGUUUUAUUUUAAUUAUAUGCAAUUUGAAUCUAGUGCAAGGAUGGCGGACACAGCUGAAAACUACAAUAAAGAAAAUUACAGGAUGUUUGGGUGUUGCAGGGAAAAAACCAAUGAAUUCUUUCAAAAAUGUCUGACAUAAUGACAUUUUAACCUGUUAAGCCCCUUAGCCCCCCCGGGCUUUUUCCCCCGUUUUUUUUUUUUUUUCACGAAACUGUGUCUCAGGGCUUCUUAAAAUGUAAUACUAUUAAUGUGUCAUACUCACUUAAAGGGAAGAAACUCAGCUAACUGAUGAUAUGAACCAUUUUUUACCGAAACAAAACACAAGUCUCACAAGAAGCGUCUAAAUGAGCCCUGAGCGAAAAAUGCUAACGCACUUAGCACAGAACUCUAGGUAUAAAUACUUUAUUACUUAUCGGAUCUGCACAAACUGAGAUUCCACAGAUUCUAGAGGUAUAAGUAUCAUCACUGAGCGAUCAGAACUCGCGACAGGGGAAGCAAAACCAGACAACACACGACGUAGCUUUAGGUAGCAAAAAACAGAGAUAUGCUCACCGUUUGCUGUUAUUCUGAUCAAAAGUUGUUUCCAAUGCCAUUAAAAAGAGAAAAACGUGGCUGAAGGUUAAUCCAUAGGUUAAUCCAA